CCAACUACACGCUCGUUUGUCUCAGCUGUGCGCCCAGGUCGCACUCCACCAGUUCACAGUACCGAGGAAAUAGUCAGUCGUUCCAAACUUGUACCAACGGUGAUCCGAGAUCCCAACCACAUUACAACCGUCGACAACUCCAGGCUCUUUUCAAUUGCCUACGAUGCGUUCUUCCAUUCUUUUCGCCUCUGCUCUGGCCCUAGGCGUCCUGGCUAGGCCCCAACCCCAUCGCAGGAAGGGUCAUGUUGUCACAGAAACCGACGUGGUAGUCACGACUCUCACCAUCUUCGUCACCGAGCCGUUCACUGAGCCAGCUUCGACAUCGCUCUGCACUUCCACGACCGCUUCGCAAGAGCCGACGUCCACUGAGGUGUCCAGCGCUUCACCGCUGCCGCCAACUUCUACCCCCGAUCCAGAGCCUACCACAACUCCUGCACCUGAGCCAACAUCCUUCGAACUCGUCUCUUCCUCGACUCCGACUCCUUCUCCUUCUCCUUCUCCUUCUCCUGAGCCGCAGCCAGAACCAGAACCAGAACCAAGCAGCUCCACAGCCCCGGCGCCUGUUUCUAGCGCAACUCCCACUCCUGUUUCUAACGCGACCCCGACUUCUGCGCCUGCUACUCCCUCUAGCAACCAUGUGUCUGGAAAAGACCAGGCCUACCUCUCCUCUGGAGCCGACUACCAGGCUGCGGUGCUGUAUCACCACAAUGCUGCUCGUGCCAACCACGAUGCGAAGCCGCUGACCUGGGACGCCGACUGCGAGACGAAUGCUCGCAUCGCUGCCCAGAAGUGCACCUUUGAGCACUAUAUCCCCAGUGGCGCUGGCCAAGGUCAGAACCUCUUCACCGUUUCUGGAACGGCUUUCAAUGUCACUGCCGGUAUCACGGAGAGCUGGUAUAAGGGCGAGCUCGAGCCAAUGAUGCCGUACUUUGGCCAGAAGAACGUUCCCGACAACGUCUUUCAUAGCGUCGGUCAUCUGACCCAGCUGGUCUGGAAGGGCACCACCAAGGUCGGCUGCGUCUCCAUAGAUUGCGGCAGCAACAUGAUGGUUGGAGGCCAGUCGUCGUCGUUGAACAAGUACACCGUCUGCAACUACGCUCCUGCAGGCAACGUUGGUGGCGGUUACGCGGCAAACGUGGCCGCUCCCAUCUCCACUACCAACUUAGGCGGCUGGGCGGAUUAGGCGUCUUUCGAGCUCAAGACUUUUGGCCGUGUUAUCUUCUUCGUGACAGCAUGGAUUACUGUCGUUUCUGUUUGUACGGAUGUCGAAAUGCAGGUCAGCCAGACUGCUUGCAUGGGUAGAGGUCCUUUUUCGAUUCUUCAACACCAUCAUAGGGUCUGUGUU